AGGGAGAUGAAGACCAUGUCGGAAAAGAUCCUUGUGACUGGUGGAGCUGGCUAUAUAGGGAGCCACUGUGUUCUGGAACUGGUUGAGGCUGGCUAUACCCCAGUAGUUAUCGAUAACUUCCACAAUGCCAUCCGAGGAGAAAAUAGGGUGCCAGAGAGUAUUCAGCGUGUGAUGGAGAUUGUGGGAAAGGAGAUCCCAUUCCAAGAACUGGAUGUUCUUGAUGAGGGAGCCCUUCAGGAGCUCUUCAAAAAGCAUCACUUUUCUGCAGUGAUACAUUUUGCGGGUCUUAAGGCCGUUGGAGAAUCAGUCCAGAUGCCACUGGAAUAUUACAAGGUGAAUCUGACAGGAACUAUCCGGUUGUUAGAGACCAUGAAAGCCCACAGAGUCAGGAACAUCGUGUUCAGCAGUUCAGCCACAGUCUAUGGCGACCCUGUUUACCUCCCUCUUGAUGAGAAGCACCCGGUCGGCAGCUGCACCAACCCCUACGGCAAAUCCAAGUAUUUCAUUGAAGAGAUUAUUCAAGAUUUGUGCAAGGCAGAACCAGACUGGAACGCUGUUCUCUUGCGAUAUUUUAACCCUAUUGGAGCUCACAAGUCCGGAAAAAUUGGAGAAGACCCCCAGGGCAUCCCAAACAACCUGAUGCCUUACGUUGCCCAGGUAGCUGUGGGGCGCAGAGAGCAUCUGAACGUCUUUGGGAAUGAUUAUGACACAGUGGAUGGGACAGGCAUUCGGGAUUAUAUCCAUGUAACUGAUCUGGCAAAGGGCCAUAUUGCAGCCUUGCAGAAGCUCAAGGAGAACUGUGGAUGCAAGAUUUACAACCUUGGGACUGGUGUUGGCUACUCGGUCUUGCAGAUGGUCAAAGCCAUGGAGAAGGCAUCUGGGAGACAGAUAAACUACAAGAUUGUUGAACGCCGAGAAGGGGACGUAGCCUCUUGUUAUGCAAACCCUGGUUUAGCUGAGCAGGAGCUGGCUUGGAAAGCUAUCUUUGGCCUGGACAAAAUGUGUGAGGACUUAUGGCGGUGGCAGUCACAGAAUCCCACCGGUUUCAGCAAGAACUAGGAGAUGGAAGAUGUUGCCUGUUCUUCUCAUGCAACCACUAGCACAUUGGUGAAGACCCAAGGGCUGACCAGUUUUGAAAAAGGAAGAUGGUCCAUGCUCAUUUCUUCUUUCCUUUUUGGAGCCGACUCACCACGCCAGAAGAGGAUGCCAUUGCCCUCUUAAGUGGCCUGGUUCUCUUCUCUUCAUCCCAUCUCUCUGCCAGAAACUCAAGAGCCUUUUUACCGACUGAGGCAACGUCUUUUUUACUGAAUGAGGAGCAACGGGACACCUAGCUGGAUGUCACAGGAGGACAAAAUGUAAAUGUUUCCCUAGAAGCCUGGUUGGUUUUAGGGGAACUUAAUCCACAACUCUUUGGGUUUUUUGGCUUCAAGAGAUGAGAGCUGCUUGGGGUUAAGAGUGCAAGAUUUCAGAGACCUGGUUCUUUCAUUUGAGCGGAAGAGCCAGGGUAAAAAAACUAAGCCUGAGGCGGGUAAAGUGGGUUUUGUCAUUAUCUCCAUUUCUUUUUAUAAAUUAUAAACUGUACUUUUUUUUUGAG